GGGAGGACCCAGAGGGCGCCUCGUUGGUAGAGCGGUCCGCCAUGGAGACCGUGCGCAAAGCUCUGGCGGUGGUUGCGGUGCUAGGCGCAGGGGCUGGCGUGGGCUCCGCUCUCUUUGCCCUCGUGACCCCAGGAGAGCUGAAGAGGCAGGCGAUGCUGCGGGAUAUGCCAGAGCAGUACUGGGAUGAAGCGGCCAGGACCCAGGAGCUGGUGAUGGCUACCCUAAAGGAGGCCGCGACUACGCAGGAGAACGUGGCCUGGAGGAGGAACUGGACGGUUAGCGGCGGCGGCAGGUCGUCUUGACCCGGGCUCGCUCCGCUGGGCUCUGGGCCUCGGCCCGGGCGAGGGGACACCACGUCUCGCUGGGGCUCAGGGAGCUGCCGCCCGGUGAGCACGUUUUCCCAGUCCUGUGCCAUUGCUUUAACGAGCGCAUCGCGUGCCAGGGCCGAGAUGCGGGUCGGCUGUGUGGAGCCAAAGGAAUAAACCGAGUUCAUCCGGAAAGUGGCUCUGCAGUGGGGCAUCAAGAUGUGUUUAGACAGCUGCGAGGGCUCGCGGGAUGGGCGCGGUGGGCCGGACACCUGCCCGCCUUCCCCCGCCCCCAAUAGGUUUGCUGACAUCUUCCAAAACGGUCACGAUUUGUUUGCAUACACUUCCGGUAGUAAGCAAACGACUUUUUUUAAAAGUAA